UUCCACUCCCAGUUUGUACAUCAGAUAAUCAGACUGAAAACAGAGCUGCUAAGGCAGGAGGCCUGCAGUAGUUUGGAUCUAUUGAAAUGGGACUGAAUUUGCUAGAUGUAUGGGUGCCAGUUUUACUUCUAGUUUCCAUAGCUGCGGGCUCUAACAUUUGCACUUCCAGAGGAGUGAGUACCUGUGAAGAAUGUUUGUCGAUACAUCCGACCUGCGCCUGGUGCUCUCAGGAGAUCUUUGGAAAGGGAGGCUCGAGUUUGUCCCGUUGUGAUCUCAGAGACAGUCUCAUUCAGUCUGGUUGUGGCUUGAAGUUUAUUGAGUUUCCAGUUAGCAGCAUGAGGAUACUAGAGGACAUACCCCUGAGUGACAAGGCAGGGGGUUCAGAGGACAUCACUCAGAUCCAACCACAAAAAAUCCACCUGACCCUCAGGCCAGACGAUUCAAAGAAAUUCACUGUCACUGUGAAGCAAGCAGCUGAUUACCCAGUGGACCUGUACUACCUGAUGGACAUGACCAAUACCAUGAAGGACGACCUGCAGAAGCUUUAUACACUGGGCAAUGGUCUGGCCACUGCUUUACGGGGCGUCACCAGUAAUCUGCGCAUGGGAUUUGGAGCUUUUGUAGACAAACCGCUCUCACCUUACAUGUACAUUUACCCUGAAGAAGUCAUCCAGAAUCCUUGUUAUAAGUUUCCUGAACCCUGUCCACCGCAAUUCGGCUAUCGUAACGUACUGUCUCUGACGGAGCAGGUAGAGCGGUUCACAGAGGAAGUGAAGAAACAGAAAGUGUCCAGAAACAGAGAUGCCCCUGAGGGUGGAUUUGAUGCUAUCAUGCAAGCAGUAGUAUGCAAGGACAAAAUUGGAUGGAGGCCUGAUGCAUCUCAUUUGCUAAUCUUCACAAGUGAUGACAGAAGUCAUUUGGCUUUGGAUGCCAGGCUGGCUGGAAUAGUCCAGCCCCAUGAUGGAGAGUGCCAUAUCAACCACAACAAUGAAUAUGACAAGUCCACUAUACUGGACUAUCCUUCACUUGGUAUGAUCACGGACAAAUUAUCUGAGAAUAACAUCAACCUCAUCUUUGCUGUAACCAGUUCUAUGGUGCAACUAUAUCGUAACUACAGCGAGCUGAUUCCUGGCUCUGUGGUCGGAACGCUCUCUAGAGACUCUGGAAAUGUUGUGCAACUCAUUCUGGAUGCAUAUGCGAAGAUCAGGUCUAAGGUUGAGCUGGAGCUGCUGGGUGUGCCGGAUGAGUUAUCUCUGUUCAUCAACGCAACAUGCCUGGGUGGAGAGGUCAUUACUGGCGUCAAGUCCUGCGCUGGACUCAAAAUUGGAGAUAUGGUUUCAUUUAGCAUUGAGGCAAAACUUCACGGCUGCCCUAAAGAGAAGAGCCGGACCUUCAUGGUCAAGCCAAUGGGCUUUAAAGACACCCUUCAGGUGACUGUGGACUUUGCUUGUGAAUGUGACUGUCAGCAGUCCUCCAUGCCCACCAGCCCGUCCUGUCACCACGGGAACGGUACCCUGGAGUGCGGUGUGUGCCUGUGUGACCCGGGCCGACUGGGCGCUCGAUGUGAGUGCUCCGAGGGCGAAUAUAAACCCAGCCAACAAGACAGAUGCAGCCCCAACCCAGCAGCGCCGGUUUGUAGUGGGCGCGGAGACUGUGUGUGCGGCCAGUGUGCCUGUCGCUCCAGUGAUUUUGGGAAGGUUUGGGGGCCGUACUGUGAAUGUGAUGACUUCAGCUGCCUCCGUUCCAAAGGACAAAUAUGCUCAGGUAAUGGUGAGUGCAACUGUGGCACCUGUCACUGUAGCCCCGGAUGGUCCGGCGAGAGCUGUAACUGUUCGACCCGCACAGACGCCUGCAUGGGGAGCGGAGGAAUGCUGUGUAGUGGCCGUGGCCACUGUGUGUGUGGCGUCUGUGAGUGCACACAGCCAGGAGCGUAUGGAUCAACCUGUGAGAAGUGUCCCACCUGCCCAGACGCCUGCACCAUUAAAAAGGAGUGUGUGGAGUGUAAACAUUAUAAGAGAGGAGAUCUGUAUGAAAAGAACUGCAAUCACGUCUGCAGAGAUGAGAUUGUGCUGGUGGAUGAGCUGGUCUUUCAUGAGAAGAACUCAGUGAACUGCAGCUACAAGGAUGAGGACGACUGCGUUCAGAACUUCCAGUAUUAUGAAGACGCCAGUGGAAAAUCCUUCCUCUAUCUUGUUAAAGAACCAGAGUGUCCUAGGGGUCCUGAUGUCUUGGUGGUUGUUCUUUCGGUCACCGGUGCGAUCCUGCUGCUGGGACUGGGUGCGCUCUUGGUGUGGAAGCUUCUGAUCACCAUUCAUGACCAUCGUGAAUUUGCCAAGUUUGAGGAGGAGAAAGCCAGGGCUAAGUGGGAAGCGGUAAGACUCACAUCCAGACUAUUUGUGAGGUGCUAAACCAACCACAUCCUGUUAAGUGUU